AUGUCAGAUUCGGAGGACGAUUUCGAGCAAGAGCUUCUGCAGGCCGUUGGUCGCGCCGGCAGAAGCGGAGGCAGAAGCGGCGGGGGAGACGGCGGAAGGAAAGGCGGAGGCGGGGGAGGGAACAGGCGGAGCAGCAAAGGCGGUCGCAGCCGUCGAUCUGGAUUUCGUAGCUCGAGCAGCAGCGAAGAUCAGCCGUCGGAUAACGAGGAUGACGAUGACGAGCACGAGGAUAUCGAGGAACGGGAGCGCGCAAGAGGCGCGCGGGGAUCCGCCGGCGCGGAAGGGAAAACGGAUACCCGCAGCCGCGGCAACGUGAGCCCUCCACGGGGAAGCGGUUUCCGCAGCGGUGGCGGCGGCGGAGGCGGGGGGAACCGCGGAGGGGGAAGGGGAAGCGGGUCGGACGAGGAUAGAAGGGCGCGCGGGAGCGGCGGGGGGGAUGGGGAUUCGGAAAGCAGCGGCUUGUCGUUUGGUAGCGAUUUGUACAAGGACGACGACGAUCGCGAACGGUUACAGGCGAUGAACGAAAUCGAUCGCGAGCAGAUUUUGUUCGAGCGCGACGAGAGGCGACGAAGCCACCUGGACAAACGGGAGCUUCGCAAGAAGCUUCGCCAGCAGCAGAAGCUGCACCCGCAGCAGCAGCAGUCGUUUCAACGCACCCAGGAGCGCACGCCGCGCGCAUCUGCGCGAGAGCCGGCGGCUUCCCCCGCAGCCCCGCCGCCGGCGGCCGCAACGGCAGCGACCACGCCAGAACCGGCGGCGCGCGGAGCGCCAGCAUCGGGAUCCGCUCCGGGGUCGGUGGGGGGGCCGUCGUACACGCCGCCGGGAUCGGCGGUGGCGCGCGCGCGCGGGUUCGGCGGCGUGGAGCGGAGCCGCAAAGAGGACGCGCUGCAGCAGCUGGAGGCGAAGAAGGCGGCGAAGCAGCAGCGGCGGAACGAUCUCGACGCGGAUAGGGGCGCGGAUAGGGAUGCUUCCGACGACGGCGGAAGCGACGAUGCUUCCCGCCGCAAGCCGCCCGCGCCCUCGCCCGCAGAUGCGAAACCUCCUGCUUCCGCUCUACAAGUUCGAGGGGCGCAUGACGUGCAAGUUCCUGGACUGCAAUACAAGUUUGAGGGGCGCAUGACGUGCAAGUUUCUGGACUGCAAGUGGGGCGAGCACAGGGCGCGCUGGCAGAUGGCACGUGUGUCUGACAAGGCCGCCAACACCCAAGAAAUCCUGCAGCUGUUCCGGGAGAUCGAACGCGCCCACCUGCACAGAGUGACCAAGGCAGCGGUGCAGGAGAAGAAGGCGGAGUUGGAGUCGGUGCGAGGGUAUGUGUACUCGGCAGAGGUGGUGGCCAGCAUGCUAAGGGAGAAGCGAGCAGCGGCGGCGAAACCGAAGCUGGUGGUGAUGGAGAGGGAGAGGGUACGACUGGAUAUAGCCGCUGCUGAGCAGAGAGGGGACCUGGGAGCCGUGGAACAACUCAAGGCGGAGUUGGAGAAGCUGGAGAGGAUAGGGGAGGACAAGGGCGAGGCGAACAAGGGCAGGCGAGAGGUGGAUCUAGCAAGGAUGAACAAGCGCAACCGGCAGGAGAACUUCCGCACCGCCACUAAUGCUCCUGCUGGCGCCACAGAGACCAAGACGGGAGAGGCGGCUGUGGAUCCCUUUAUUCGCCGGUGGACGCGCUCCCAGAACUACUACAAGAGCCCCGCCGCCCCCACUGCUGCCGCUGCUCCCUGGUCUGAUGACGAGGAUGAGGGUGCAGGCAAGGACGGGGGAGGGAAGAGUAAGGACGGGAAGGGUAAGGAUGGCAAGGGCGAGAAGGGGAAGGAGGGAAAGGAUGCGGAUGGGAAGGGUGGAGGAGCGGAGGAGGAGAGGGAGAAGGAGAGGGAGAAGGAGCGGGAGAGGCAGCUAGGGAGCUGGUUGGGGCAGCAGUUGGACGAGCGGGCGAAGCAGGUGCUGCGGAAACACGCCUUUGACAUGGACAUAGACCUGAGCGUCGUGGACAAGUGGGGGGGAGCAGGGGCAGCGGCUGCGGCACAGAGAGGGAGUGUGGGGCCCGCAGUGUGGGAGGCGGCAUUUCUGGCACGCAAGAGGCAGCAGGAGGCGCUGUAUGGGGCUCCGAUUGGUGUGGCUGCUGGGGAGACCCCGCGGGGGCUCAGGUUGUUGACUCUUAGUGAGUAUAAGAGGCGCCGGGGGCUGCCUUGUGACUGA